UCUCCCCAGACAGAUAACAUUUACGGUUGUUACCGUUUUCCUUUGGGUCAAUACCACUUCCCCACAGAUAACGCGCACACAUGUUCAGUCCACCUGGAGCUGGUGUUUGUCUGAGCAUCGUUUGCAUGAGCCUGACCGUGGUUUCCUACUGCCGACGUCAGCCGCUCGCGGCACUAUAUCUGUGUUGACACUAGUGCAGCCGAUCUGGCUUUCGUUAACUACCAGGAUGAACGUCACCCAGCCGGAGAAAUGCUGCGCCUUCGAAGCGCUCAUCCUGGACACUCUCCUGCCCCCGGUUCUCAUCCUGGAGUUCGUUUUCGGGCUGAUGGGGAACUUCGUGGCCCUCUGGAUGUUCAUGUUUCACAUGGACACGUGGAAGCCCAACUCCGUGUAUCUGACUCACCUGGCUGUGGCCGACUCCAUCGUGCUGUUCUGCCUGCCUUUCAGAGCCGACUACUACAGGCGCGGGAAGAACUGGGUCCACGGCGACGGGCCGUGCCGGGUGCUGCUCUUCCUGCUGGCUGCCAACCGUGCAGCCGGCAUCUUCUUCCUCACCGCGGUGGCUGUGGACCGCUACUUUAAGAUAGUCUGGCCGCUGAGCCGGAUCAACCGCAUGGGCCUGGGCUACGCCCUCUGGGUCUCCUUUGGCCUCUGGGCUCUGAUUUUUCUCGCUACCGGGUACCUUCUUGCUGACGCCCACUUGUUCUACAACAACAACCGCACUCAGUGCGAGAGCUUCAACAUCUGCAUGGGCUUCAGCCCCCUCGCCACCUGGCACAACACUUUCUACAUCGUCCAGUUUUUCCUGCCGGCCGUCAUCGUGGCCUUUUGCACCACCAGGAUCCUGUGGCAGCUCAGGAGCAGGACUUUGGACAAAAGGGGGAAGAUAAAGCGAGCUGUGCGGUUUGUCUUGGCUGUGGCCCUGAUCUUUAUUACCUGUUUCUGUCCCAGUACAGUGUCACGCGUGGCCGUGUGGAUCCUCCAGGUGUGGUAUCAUGAGUGCAGGUACUUUGAAGAGGUCAACCUGGUGUUUUACACGACCGUGUGCUUCACCUACUUCAACAGCGUCCUCAACCCUGUGGUGUAUUACUUCUCUAGUCCUGCUUUCAGCGGCGCCUUCAGGAAGAUUGUGAAUAAAGUGCUGGGAAGGAGCAGCGAUAGAGACCCAGCUUCAUCUGAAGGUGACAUUUCCACCGUGGAUGGUAGAAGGAUUUGAAGCCAAGUGCUGGUUCCUGCUCUCACUGCUGGACCGCUCCCUACAUCAAUACGGGCCAAACUGAGAAGUGGAUUAAAGAAAACCCAUUUUAUAUCUAUUAGCAGCUUGAUGGUUGAUUGUGAUGAGAGGUAAUUAAUUCAUUUUUUUGGCAAUUCGUUAUUUCAUUAUGCACUUUACAUGAAACAACAGUGGAGUUCAUAUAAUAUAUAUAUAAUCUGCACAUUAAUUCGCAAUAUUCUCAGAGCUGUCAUUGAACCAUUAACGUGCGCAACCAGGAUUUAGAAGAGUUUCAACGUACUUUUCUGUGGAGUUAAAUGUAUUUAGUUUUUCUGAUAUAACUUGGUUUUAAUGACAAAUUACAUGACAAUUCAUGUUGUUCUUUGU